GACGACGGCGGCGCGCGCCCGGUGGCGGGAGUUGGCGCGAAGGUUGCGGGGAGCGGGGUGGGCGGAAGCCAUGGAGUCGGAGGCGUCCCGCUAGCGAGAUCACCGCCGCCGCCAGCAGCAUGGUGAGCGCGCAGAGCGGCGCAGCGCCGCCCCGCGCCGCGGCUCUGAGCAAAGGCCGCGGGCCCGGCGCCGCGCGGACGGCUCCCGCCUUGGGGGGGGAGGGUGGAGCGGCGUUGCGCAGAUAGCGCCGUUGGGGCCGCGUGGCGGUUGGGCGCCUUCCCGGCGCGUGCGGCUGCAGCCCCUGUGCCGCUGGAGCCGUUGGCUCGCGGCGCGGCUCUCUGCCGAGGGCGGGCGCGGAGUUCCCGCGCUGCGGUGCGGAGGCCGUCGUUGCUGCGGCUGUGGUGCUGCUCCCGCCCUGAGGCCGCCGCCUGCGGGCCCGGGUCCCGCGUGUGGGAGAGCGCACGGAACCGGCCGCCCUCGGCUUACUAUCCUGAGGGGGGAAGAUGUCCGCGCCUCCUGCCGCCCCCAGACGCGGCGGGGUACCGGGCACGGGCCGUGCGCUCGCCCGCUGAGAGCAACGCCUUCCUGCGCUGCUUCCAUCUGCCUCAGCGCUGGCUGCCCGGCUGCUAACCGCCUCUUGUGGUAGGCCGGAUACGUGAGGGCGUUUCUGCUUCAGCGCAGGGCGGUGUUCGCAGAAAAAUAAGUACUUGAAAGUCUGAAAGUAGAUGUAAUUAUAUGUAAUGGAGGAUGCAGCCCUAAUGAGAUUGUAACUAUAAACGCACGUGUCCCCGUGUGUCCUUUCCAAAGCGCUGUCCGCUUACACAACCAUUAUAAGAUGGGCUCUUGUCAUCGUCUGUUGCUCGCAUACAUUGGUUUUGCUCAGGUGGAAUCUCUGUGCAAGUCCUGUCCUGCCUUAACUAAAAAAUGUUAUUCAAAGCCAGUUUGGCUCCACUUUGGUUUUAGACUUUUCACAUAGAUCUUAAUAUCUUUUACCCAGUACUAAGCACCAACGGGCAGCACUGUCUGUGUCUGCCAGCACUAAGAGCCCUGACAUGAAUGACCUGUGGUAUUUAAGUCACCAGCUGCCCCACAUGGGCUGCCGAAGCUCUGCAGCAGGACGAGGCCUUUGCUGCCUCCCCUGCCACCACCUGUCAGAAAGCUAAACUUACUGGAAGACCCUCCCUUCCCUCUGGUAGUCUGCUUCUGAAUGUCCCGCAUCUCUCAGCGUUGGCACUUCCUAGAAGAGAGGAAAACUGCCAUCGUAGAAAAGGGAUGAGUUGCCUCAGUCCACGUUCUUUUCUUUCCAGUGCUGAAGAGAAGUGGUUGUGCGGCCAUCAGUGCUGCAGCUGUGGAUGCAGAGGCGAAAAAAACCAGUGAUGUCAGUAGCCCUGUAACCUGCUCUGUGAUAUUCAGGAGCAGCUGGGGCAUGCUGGGAUGGAGUACCAGGCUCUUACAAACAGACUUUUUUGUUGUAGUGCCCAACAGAAGUGUCCCCUGUCAGGUUGGUUCUGCAGCUUAUCUGCUGUGCUGAGCUGAUGUGUGCAGUUACACAACGAGUUGAUUGGUGGGGGAAGGGAUUCAAUUUUUACCUAAAAUAAUUAGCUGGCCCAGUUCUGGUGUGAAGAGCUGUACCGGUGCAGCUGAGGGGAUGUGUGGUGGGGAGCAGGGCUACUUGAGCUGCCUCUGCCUGAGAGAAACAGUCCUGGACCAAUGCUGUGGCAUAAGCUGCUGCCUACUUAGAACUGGGAUUCUGCUCUAAAAAUGCUGUACGGUACCUGUGGCUCUGUUACCACUAUUAACUCCAGUAUAGUUAUCCAAUAAGGAUUACUGGUUUAACUGUUGUUCUACAGUUGGUUUCAGGUAAUGCAAUUUUUCUGGAGAUGCCAGAUGUCAGAGCUGAUGUUUCUGCAGAACUUGCACGAGAAUAGACAGACUGUAAAUAAGUAUGAACUAUCCUGUACAAGCAAGGCACUUACGGACACCUUUUGGAAUACUUCAGGUUGUGCUGCUUCCCAUUGCAGUCACUGAGCUGAGUUGGUGAAAUUCAAUUUCCUAUUUCAGAAUGUAGUUGAGAGAUGCAAACAUUUGUAUGACAUUAGUUUGGAAAGUAUUCUGCUUUAUUGGACACUGGUCUUUUAAAACCACUACUUAAUGAGUUUGAUGGUGUUGGGAUUUCUCUGUCAUCUAAACACUGGAGCAGCUGUUGUUGCAGGAAAAAAAUGUCACAGAAAGCCAACGUGGAAUGUUUAUGGCUUUUUUUGAGCUGGAUAUUUACUGAAGUCUUGAAAGUUAUCCUGACGAGCUCUUUGGGUUACCACCCUUUAGUACGAAUAACAAAUGGGUUUCACUUUCUAUUUCUCCUUAGUAAAAUGGGUGUAUACAAAUCUUCCAAGAGAAAACAGGCAGCCUGCCAUGAUUCACUGCUGUCGAGUAAGACUGAGAAUUUGAAACAGUAGUCAAAAGUGGCAAGGACUAGACUGCAGAGAUGGUGCUGAGGUGGUGCAGUAAGGAAGAUAGCUGAGCAGGAAGCAGUGCACCUGAGCACAGCUGUUCAGGCUGUCCUGGUGUUAGGCAUUACCUACCUCCCUAAUCUAGUGGGAGUGAUCAGAAGUAUUGGGCCUUUACUGGGACUGUGGCUAGGUCCCUGCAAAAUUUGGUGCCCAAAUGUGGCUCAGAAUCCUUUAUUUGGUAGCUGUGGUUUAAGAUGCCUCUAAACUGUCAUACUGAGCAGUAAUUUCAGUGACCCUCCCUCUUACUUGUGUGAAGCCACUCCAAGUUACACCUAGGAUUGCUGCUGCUGAAGCACCUUGGGGAGCUGCACUAGUAUAGCCCUGGCUCCUUAGUUCUUUAGUUUAGGGGAUUGCCUGGGGCAGCUGUGCUGGUGAGUGCAUCUCCACAGGCACACAGGACACAGGUCCCAGAGGAAAUGUGCCAGUUACAUUGCUAUCAGCCUUCUCUCAUUUGUGAGAGCAUAUGCAGUUCUGCCAAAUGGUGAACUUGUGUGUGAAUGGCAUUAUAUACCAACAACAUCACAGGAUGUUAAAUAGGUAAAACCAGAAUGGUGGCUGACAGUCCUAUCUGGCAACCAAGCUUAUGUAGUGCAUCUCAUGGAGUCGUUUUGAUAGAUACAUAUACUGCUUCAUUUCUGCACAAGGUGAAAUGAAUUAAUUGUCUGUUAUCCCUUGAUAAAUAGCAUAAAAAUCUUUCUGUUAUGAAUCUCAUACAAAAGCUUCUCUGAAAGAUGAGUUUAUUGUUGCGUUGUGAUGUUCUGGUCUCCCACACAGUUCCUAAUUUACCAUUUGUUAUAGCCCAGCAGUGGCUAACAAGGUUACUCCUUCUUCUGAAGAGUAGGAUGACUGAUGGAAAUUGGGGGAUAUAUAGCUGAAGAUUGAAGAAGAUGGUACAUAGUCGCUGAAUUUCCUUUGUAGCUUAGGGCUCUGUAGUUUAGUCACUCAUAAGAAGAUUGUCAAUAUGGGAAAUGAAAAUUUAUUACUCAAAUAAAAUCCUUUAUUCAGAAAUGUCUGGGUGGCUUCUGUGUGGUUACAUUUACAGUAUUUCAUACACUCAUACAGUAAUAGAAAUACCAAAGGAAAAGUGCUGCUGUUUCUGAGGACUGGUAAUUCGCAGCCAAUAUAGCAGUGUUGGGUUAGCACGGGGAAGCAAUUCUGAAAUCUGCAGUUGCUAUAUUGCAACAGUAUUUUCAAGGAAAAGGUAGUGUGGUGGUGAUUUCUUGAUAGUUUGAAGCUGCUGCUUUGAGCAAAACAAAAAAAUCACGAGAGCUGAUGAGACAGAGAGUAAGAAUUUAUGCGGUAUGAUUUAGGCUUUAGCAGUCAAAGAGCAGUGAUAAAGUAGUGGACGAAGCUGGGGCAGGCAGAUCAGUUUCAUGCAUCUCCUUUAUUAAGUCUUCAUUUCAUAAUCCAGAAUAUGAUGGUAUUUCCAUACAAUUUCCAUCGGUCCAUAAAAGAACAGUCUAACACUAAUGCAGAUCAGCACACUUACAGAGUUUUUAGUUAAAUUACUAGAAUAGAGUUACCCGUGAUUUAAAAAUAAUUAUUCACCAAAUAUUUUGAAUUUAUAAUUAACAUCUGUCACUAUGAAAAACUCACUUUUAUCUAAAGUCACUUUGAUUUGCAGUGUAGUAGUGUUUAAAUUAUGUUACUAUGUAAAAGCUCUAGUGAGGACUGUAACCAGUUUUUCUGUUGUGUUGCCUUCUAAGAAGUCAAUAAUGAUGAUGGAGUCAUCUGGGCCUUGAAUCUACUACAUAAAUUCGUAGGGUAUUUUUAAGUAGGUGCUUUGCUCCGAUGUUCUGAAUCUGGGGUCAAAAUUUCAGAGUGUGAGAGUAUGGCAUUAGGAGUGUGUGUGAAAUAGCUGAGCGUUGAGAAUUGAUGCCUCGAGGAGCAGAUUCCGUAGGUAGAAACGUGUACAGUCUUACUGAAGAGGAAUUCUUCUCAGUCUACCAGUCUUCAUUUGCUGGAUCAGUCAUAUUUGCAGGUAAAAAGUAAACAGACUGCAUUUCUAUGGGAAAUAACACUUCUGAUUCUAGAAAAUUGUUUUAAGCUAAGCACACUAAAUGUGUCUGUAUGUGUCCCAUUUUGUGCUUUCAGGUUAUUUAUUCUAUUGGUUUUAGGCCCAAUAAACUCUGCAAAUCCAAAUCAUGAGGGAACUGAUGAGAAAAAAGGAGCCUGAUACAGACAAAAUAAUUGAUCACAUUCUUAUGGAGAUUUUAAUUCUGUUUUCUUAAGCGUUUACUACUUUACUGGUAGUUCCCUGCAGGAGGGAUAACACUACCUGUGUGUGUGUGUGAUAGCUGCUGCUCUAAUAGGGAAUAGUUACCACCUGGGACGGGUAGGGCCCUGAGCCACAGCCCUUACCUGCCAUGUAUUUUGACCAUACCAGAGGCUUUCCUGAAAGCUAAAAUGGCUGCUACCCCUGGAGGUGGUGAUACCAAAGAGGAUAUCCGGAAAUUCUUUGGCGUUGUACCUCCUGGAAAGCGACAGGAGAGCGAGGCUGUGAAAAAGAGUGAGAAGAUAAAAAACGGGGAAGGAGAAUCGAGUGGGAAGAAGAGGGGAAAGGAAACGAAGGUGAAGAGUUCACCCAGUGAAGAUGUUCCCAAACAAAAGCAGGCAUACAAGAAAAAAAGAAUAAUCUAUGAUUCAGAUUCAGAAGAGGAGGUGCAGUCUGUGAAAAAAACCAAGAAGCCAUCAGAGAAGAAAGCAGCUACUCCAAAACUUGGUAAAGUUCUAAAGCAGCAUCCUGUUGUCUAUGUUUCAGAGACAGAUGAAGAGGAUGACUUUGUCAGUAAAAGAAUUUCCCUGAAACCGAAGGAGAAUGGGACAUCAGCAAUCAGUUGUCCAGGAACAGCUACAGUGAAAAAAGGAGAAGUAAAGCCACAGGCUAAAACCAAACUGCUAUCUCCAGUGAAACUGACUCCCACCUCAGCUCUUGAUUACUUUGGGACAAGAAGUGUCCAGCGAUCAGAAAAGAAACUGGUAGCAAGUAAAAGGAAGGAACCUUCAGAAAGCAGAGACAGCACACUAGAUGAUGAGGCCAUUGCUAGGCAACUGCAGCUUGAAGAAGAUUCGGAGCUGGAGAGACAGCUGCAUGAAGAUGAGGAAUUUGCUAGAACUUUGGCAAUGUUGGAUGAAACACCACAGAAGAAAAAGGCUCGAAGAGAUUCAGAGGAGCAAACAGUGUUGAGCAUCAAGAGCAGUCCUAAUGUGACAGAAAGAUACAAACAAUCCCAAAGAGUGAAAGCAGCAAACUCAGCACACGAAGUAAAAGAACAAACUAAGUCUGAAAAUUCAAAGGAGCCUAAUUUACAUCCACAAUCAUCUGAUGGUAAAACAGCAAGGGCACUGACGGAGAAAACCUUGCCUUUGAAACCUACCUCAAAGCUUGUGGCUCUAAAACAGAAGGAGGAGACUACUAAAAGGGAAAGUGGCACUCAGAAUUUACUAUCAAAAGAAAAAAAUGCUAUGGGGAAAGAAGAGAAAAGAACACCCAAGAAGGAGAAAAUUUCUCCCAAGAAGGCUGAGUCUAUAAGUCCUGAGGACUCUGAGAAGAGACGAAACAACUAUCAAGCCUACCGAAGCUUCCUCAAUCGUGAGGGUCCGAAAGCUCUGGGUUCCAAAGAGAUACCUCAAGGAGCUGAAAACUGCUUGGAAGGCCUGACAUUCGUAAUUACAGGAGUUCUGGAGUCCAUUGAAAGAGAUGAGGCCAAGUCUCUGAUUGAACGUUACGGAGGAAAAGUAACUGGCAAUGUCAGCAAAAAGACAAACUACCUGGUUAUGGGACGAGACUGCGGGCAGUCUAAAUGUGAAAAGGCAUCGACUUUAGGGACAAAAAUUAUUGAUGAGGAUGGCCUAUUUGAUCUUGUUCGAACUAUGCCAGGCAAGAAGUCCAAGUACGAGCUGGCAGCUGAAACUGAGGCAAAGAAAACAGAGUCAAGACAUAAAAAGACACCACAGAAAAUUGAGUCUGGCAAAAGGAAUUUUAGUCCUCUCAAAAGGGAAGCUGAUAGGAAAAAAAGUAAUCAUACACCUGAAAAGGGAGGUCCCUUCAAAUCUGUCAAGAAAGAAGCUACCGCCAUUCAGAAGCUUAAGGACUUUGAACAUCAAACUGUGGAGAAGAAAGAAGCCCCCAAACCUAAGGGGAACUUCGUUUCUGAGCGUAGUGAAGAUAGAACAGAGACAUUGCUAUGGGUAGAUAAAUACAAGCCUGUGUCUCUUAAGGCGAUAAUUGGACAGCAGGGUGAGCAAAGCUGUGCCAAUAAACUCCUCCGAUGGCUCCGAAGCUGGCACAAGAAUACCUCGGAAGAUGGACAAGGUGCAAAGACCAACAAAUCUGGAGGCAAAGAUGACGGUGCUAGUUUUAAAGCAGCAUUGCUUUCUGGUCCACCUGGAGUCGGUAAAACUACCACGGCUUCUUUAGUGUGUAAGGAACUGGGGUACAGCUACGUGGAGCUGAAUGCCAGUGACACUCGAAGUAAGAACAGUCUAAAGGAAGUAGUUGCUGAAUCACUGAACAACACCAGCAUCAAAGACUUCUGUUCUGGCACAUCCUCAUCAGUUAGCGGGAAACAUGUAUUGAUCAUGGAUGAAGUGGAUGGUAUGGCAGGCAAUGAAGACAGAGGAGGGAUUCAGGAGCUGAUUGGUUUGAUUAGACACACAAAGGUACCCAUCAUCUGUAUGUGUAACGAUCGAAACCAUCCGAAAAUUCGUUCCUUGGUCCACUAUUGUUUUGAUCUUCGUUUUCAGAGACCUCGUCUAGAACAGAUUAAGGGUGCCAUGAUGUCUAUUGCGUUUAAAGAAGGCUUGAAAAUUCCACCACCUGCUAUGAACGAGAUAAUCCUGGCAGCAAAUCAGGACAUCAGACAGGUUUUGCAUAAUCUCAAUAUGUGGUGUGCAAAAGAUAAAUCUCUGACUUAUGAUGAGGCCAAAACGGACGCCAGCAGAGCCAAAAAGGAUAUCAAACUGGGCCCUUUCGAUGUUGUCCGGAAGGUUUUUGCUGCUGGAGAGGAGGCCUCUCGAAUGUCUCUUAUAGACAAAUCAGAUCUCUUCUUCCAUGACUAUUCCCUAGCACCUCUCUUUGUCCAAGAGAACUAUGUGCACGUGAAACCUGCUGCUGCUGGAGGAGAUCUGAAGAAACACUUGAUGCUCUUGAGUAGAGCUGCUGACAGUAUAUGUGAUGGUGAUCUGGUGGACAAACAGAUUCGUACCAAGCAAAGCUGGAACCUUCUACCGACACAGGCUAUUUAUUCAAGUGUUCUUCCUGGGGAGCUGAUGAGAGGUUACAUGGCCCAGUUUCCUGUCUUUCCCAACUGGCUGGGGAAAUUUUCAUCCACGGGCAAACAUGAACGUAUCAUCCAAGAACUGGCCAUGCACAUGAGCCUCAGAACCCAGGCAUGCAAGAGGACAGUAAACAUGGAAUAUCUGUCUCAUCUGCGCGAUGCACUUGUCCAGCCACUGAAGGACUUUGGAGCAGAUGGUGUACAAAAUGCUAUAGCGUUCAUGGACUCGUACUGCCUAAUGAAAGAAGACAUUGAAAACAUAAUGGAAAUAAGCAUGUGGGGAGGUAAACCCAGUCCUUUUUCAAAGCUGGAUCCCAAGGUCAAGGCAGCUUUUACACGUGCCUACAACAAAGAGGUGCAUCUGACUCCAUAUUCCCUUCAUUCUGUGAAGACGUCUAGACGGCAGUCAGGAUCCAUGGGGACCUCUGAGCUGAACGAAGAACUGAAUGUGGAAGAGAUCCAAUCUGAUGAGGAUGAGCAAGAUACUGUCGAAAGCGAUGCAAUGAUCAAGCAAAAAAAGGGGAAGUCUUCCAAGCUGCCCAAAAGAGAGAAAAACGAAGAAACAACAAAAAAAGAAGGUAAAAGAAAAGAGAAAACAAGACAUUAAACAGAAUAUUCUUGCUCUGGAUGUAGCUUUGUUUAUCUAACAUCUGUCAGGAACGUGACACAGAGCUCGUGCUACACAACCAGUGCUUUGAAAAUGCUCCUCUUAUAGAGGUGACGUCGCUCCUGUUCUCACACUGGGCAGUGCUGUACGUACCUAACAUGCCGUGUUACAAGCCAUAACUAUUCUUGUAGAACAAGCACCAGGCUGCAUGAACAUGAUGCAAUUGUGAGGUGUAGUUACCUGGUGUUUAUGCAGGUCUUCACAGGACUGUUUGUUUUAAUAAAUCCUCUGUUAUUAUGUACUGAAAUCUUGUAAAUAGUAAAUCCUAAUCUGCAUAUUUGUACAUUAUAGCAAUUAAGCAGUGUAUAGAAUUACAAUAAAACGUGUUUCACAUGAGGUUUCUAUUUCUGCUUAAGCACACACCGUGUUCUGCCUGAGGUUCUGACUUUGCUGCAUCUAUCAGGCUCUGUUUUUUAACUGACCCCACAGCCAUAGAAAAGCAAAGCAAAGAGUGUUUCCUUGCUGGGAAACACUGCUGUUGCCUUCUCCAAUGAGCCCUGCUAUCUAAUUAAAGAAACAAAAACCCCACAACCUCAGCAACUCAGCCCACAAAGCCCCAGGAAACCAGGCUCUACUACGUACCUGAACUUAGCCGUCCAUGGCAUCGUGUUUGAGGUACUGUGUGCAGUCAUUUAUUUUCUGAAGAUGAACAAUGUUGAUUCUUUCAGAACACAUUGGACAGAUGUUUUCAGUCUGUAACAUGCUGUUUUAAAGGAAGAGGGGCAACAGGUCAAAGGAUGGUUAUAACACUAUCAAACAAACAGUUGGGCCUGAGAGUAAGCCCUGUAACAUACACAGUGUAAGAGCUACAGGCUGGAGCAGCAGCUGUUUUUGGUUAGGUGGGGAAAAGGUGGGUUGUAUGUUUAAUUUUUUUACACAUUUGAGACCCAGCCCCACCAGGAAGGCUGCACUGGCUGAGAGGGCAUGAGGAAAAGGCAGCAGACCAUGACCAAAGCAGCUGGCACUGGAACACAAGGAGUUUCAAGUGAUGAAUGCUUUGCUAUAGUCUGCACCCAGUGGUAGGCACAAAUUCCUCUGGUGGCUGCUGUUGGGCUGGUUCACUUGAAAGUGCUGCUCUAGUCAGCUGUAUGUAUGUCAGAUGGAAUGAACACUGGAAUCCUUCAGUAGAAGAAAAAAAUCCCAACUUACCUCUUGAAUUCUGAAUAGAGGGCAGGAAAGUCACAAUGUGGGCAGACAGUCCAGUCAUCCCGUACCAUGUGCCGACCCUGCACACAAGAGAAAGCAGUUAUCCAAGGGCAGGUGCUCCCCCCCACUACAGCUGGCAGUCAGGCUGCUGUCUGUUACUGUGGAAAAAAGCUCAGCAAUGGAGUUCUAAAGAUGUUGAGGAAUGAAAAAACCCACAUCAAUAAGCAAAGUAACACUGUACUGUGUACGUUCUGUGACUGAAAAAGGAGCUCUAAAUGAGAAACAAGGUUUUCAUUACGAUCUGUAUUUAUUUUUUUAUAAAUUUAAGAAUGAAAUGAGCACUUUAAAAAUUAUUUGUUUGGCAAUUCUGUACUGCCCCUGUAGAUGUACGGUUAGAAAGAGAUGAUUGUAAAUUUACUGAGCUUUUUGGUGAUGCAUAAGGCCACGUGAGCUGAGCCCAGGGGCUGCUCGUGACUCUCUGUCUGUGACAUAAUACAGCGGGAGAGCUGAAACAGAGCUCUUUUUUUUUUCAUUUUGGUUUCCCAUUUGAUUCUGAUGCAGAAAAUUCAUAUGUCCCGUGGUCAACAUUGUAAAGCCCAACAGUGCCUUGAACUGUGUUUAACAAUUUAUGCUGUAAUACAUUACGCAGCAGUGGAUUGUUUUGACGCUAUGGUAUGAGAAAAAUGCUGCAGUCCUGGUGGCGUUACUGUGAUGUAAAGGAACCAUAUCCAAGAGAGCUUAAACACAUGAAACAGAACUGAAGAUACAUAUACACGGACCGUACUAUUCUGCUAAGCCAAUGAAGUAAAACAAACAGUUUAAAAAGCUGUUAAUAUCUUUUGUAAGACUGAUCCUCUAGUUUUAAUAUUAAAAGUAUGUCAACUCUA